AGUACUUAUUUUUCCUCACCCUAAGGCAUGCAAACUAUGUAUCUUAAGGUCACAUUCCACUUCAUGGCAACAGAAAGCAGCGUUCAUAAAGAUAAACAGGUAGAGUGAGUCUUGACUUCUGUCAUUUAGGUUUUACCGAUUGGGAGAAUCAACACACAGAUUCAGAAUCAGAUGGCUUGCUCUGAUGAAUCUGGCUCCAAAUCCCCACCACCUUCAUACAGUAACAUGGAUGAGAUUCCUCUUUAUGACGAGAUAAUCCCUCCACCGCCAACCAUCAAAACUCCUGCCACACCACCGCCUGCCUACAAUGAGCCCAACAUUCCUCAAGGGAUUCCAUUAAACACAUGUACAGGGGGACCAAACCCUUAUCCCAUCCUAAACCAGCCCACUCAAAUAGCAGCGGUGACACAACAACAACAAGUGUUUGUGCAGCAGUCGGUGAAUCCUGUAGCCCCGCAGGUGAUCGUGGUUCAGCCACAACAAAGCACUACUUUAGAUGACACACCAGCAUCCAUUGUGUGCAGGUAUUGCCAUCAGAGCAUCGUCACUCAUGUGGAGUAUAAACCUGGUGUAAUUUCAUGGCUCAUGUGCGUCGUAAUAAGUUUCCUUGGGGGCAUUUGCGGAUGUUGUGUCAUCCCAUUUUUUGUCAGAGGAUUUCUGGACGCCCAUCACUCCUGUCCUUUAUGCAAAAGGCACAUAGGAAUUUACACUCGCAAAUGACUCUCCAAACUCUUGCAGACACAAAUACAAAAUAUAAAACAUCAUACUUGCAUUAACCAAAAUCAUUAUAGAUAUCUAAUUAACUUUCAAGCAACACUGUAUUAAAACAAUUAUGAUGCAAACAUAUUUGGAUUUAUUUACAAGUCAUAAACCCAGUAUGUAAGUUCA